AGAUUUUGGUUUGGGUGACCAGGGGAAUGAUGGUGUUACAUAUAGAGACAGCUGAGGUGCCGGUUUGGAAAGAAGGUGGUGUAAUCUUGGACAAGAUUGAAUCUGUGGCACUGUCAGAACAUUCAGGCAGACUACUCAGUAGGCAGUUAGCAGUGAUGACUUAUGUCCUGGGGCAGUUGAAGGAUUUGGGCAUCAUCUACAGGAGGCUCAUCAGGGUGAAUCAGAUCUUUGAAAGGGAAAGUAAAAAAUGAAGGUAAUGGGGAAUGCUGCCCAUAUUUAGGAAACUCCAGGAUAAAGAAGAGUCCUCCAGAGUGCCAGGAAUGAUGACAGAAGUAGGAGAUGGACUGGGGUAUGCGGUACCAUGCUUUUAUGGAGGGGACAUCACACAGAAGGGAUACGAAAAGAAAAGGUCAAAACUCCUGUCUCCCUACAUCCCACAGACACAAGAAACUGAGUCAGCAGUACAGAAAGAACAUAGAAACCAGACACCUGCUCCAUCCGCAGCUCAAACUUCUGCUCCUUCUAAGUACCACCGAACGCGAUCUGGGGGAGCCAGGGAUGAACGAUACCGAUCAGAUAUCCAUACAGAAGCAGUUCAAGCCGCACUGGCAAAGCAUAAAGAACAGAAAAUGGCUUUGCCUAUGCCAACCAAAAGGCGGUCCACAUUCGUCCAGUCUCCUGCAGAUGCCUGCACACCUCCUGACACGUCUUCGGCCUCUGAGGAUGAGGGCUCUCUGAGACGCCAAGCUGCGCUCUCUGCUGCCUUGCAACAGAGCUUACAGAAUGCUGAGUCCUGGAUCAACCGUUCAAUUCAGGGAUCGUCCACUUCUUCAUCCGCAUCUUCUACGCUGUCCCAUGGAGAGGUCAAAGGAACCAGUGGGUCUCUAGCUGAUGUAUUUGCCAAUACCCGAAUAGAGAAUCUCUCUGCUCCCCCUGAUGUCACUACAACUACCUCUUCUUCAUCAUCAUCUUCCUCAAUGCGCCCAGCAAAUAUUGAUCUGCCCCCUUCGGGGAUAGUCAAAGGCAUGCACAAAGGAUCCAACAGGUCCAGCCUUAUGGAUACAGCUGAUGGUGUUCCUGUCAGUAGCAGAGUAUCCACAAAAAUCCAGCAGCUUCUCAACACUCUCAAACGACCCAAAAGGCCUCCCUUAAAGGAAUUUUUUGUGGAUGACUCUGAAGAAAUUGUGGAAGGUAUACCUCAGCCAGACCCCAACCAGCCCAAGCCUGAGGGUCGGCAGAUGACCCCCGUGAAGGGGGAGCCAUUAGGAGUCAUCUGUAACUGGCCUCCUGCUCUUGAGUCGGCCCUACAGCGCUGGGGCACCACUCAAGCAAAAUGCCCGUGUCUGACCGCACUGGACGUGACGGGGAAACCAGUUUACACUCUUACGUAUGGAAAGUUGUGGAGCAGAAGUUUAAAGUUGGCCUACACACUGCUUAAUAAACUGGGGACCAAAAAUGAACCUGUAUUAAAACCUGGAGACAGGGUAGCCCUGGUUUACCCCAACAAUGAUCCAGUCAUGUUUAUGGUGGCUUUUUAUGGAUGUCUCCUGGCAGAAGUGAUUCCAGUGCCUAUAGAGGUACCUCUUACCAGAAAGGAUGCCGGAGGUCAGCAGAUUGGCUUCUUGCUAGGAAGCUGUGGUAUCGCCUUAGCUCUGACCAGUGAAGUUUGUCUAAAGGGGCUGCCAAAAACCCAGAAUGGAGAAAUUGUACAGUUUAAAGGUUGGCCCCGGCUCAAAUGGGUCGUAACAGAUUCCAAGUACCUUUCAAAGCCACCUAAAGACUGGCAGCCCCACAUCUCACCUGCCGGUACAGAACCAGCAUACAUUGAGUAUAAAACAAGCAAAGAAGGGAGUGUGAUGGGAGUUACAGUAUCCCGCCUUGCGAUGUUGUCUCACUGCCAAGCUGUGUCCCAGGCCUGCAAUUAUUCUGAAGGGGAGACAGUGGUAAAUGUUUUAGACUUUAAGAAGGAUGCCGGGCUAUGGCAUGGCAUGUUUGCGAAUGUAAUGAACAAGAUGCAUACAAUUAGUGUACCCUACUCUGUUAUGAAGACUUGCCCGCUCUCUUGGGUCCAGAGAGUACAUGCCCACAAAGCCAAAGUAGCUUUAGUAAAAUGUCGAGACUUGCAUUGGGCUAUGAUGGCACAUCGGGACCAAAGAGAUGUCAGCUUGAGUUCCCUCCGGAUGUUAAUUGUAACUGAUGGAGCUAAUCCCUGGUCUGUGUCAUCCUGUGAUGCCUUCCUGAGUCUAUUCCAAAGCCAUGGACUGAAACCUGAGGCCAUCUGUCCAUGUGCUACUUCUGCUGAAGCCAUGACUGUCGCAAUCCGCAGGCCUGGAGUUCCAGGGGCCCCUUUGCCAGGAAGAGCUAUUCUCUCAAUGAAUGGAUUGAGCUAUGGAGUAAUACGGGUCAAUACUGAAGAUAAAAAUUCAGCACUGACGGUCCAGGAUGUGGGCCAUGUAAUGCCUGGUGGGAUGAUGUGCAUUGUGAGACCUGACGGACCUCCCCAACUCUGCAAAACAGAUGAAAUUGGAGAAAUCUGUGUCAGCUCUAGAACAGGAGGCAUGAUGUACUUUGGGCUUGCUGGUGUGACAAAAAAUACAUUUGAGGUAAUUCCAGUCAAUUCUGCAGGCUCUCCUGUUGGGGACGUCCCCUUCAUCCGGUCAGGAUUACUGGGGUUUGUAGGGCCGGGCAGUUUGGUGUUCGUGGUUGGAAAAAUGGAUGGGUUACUGAUGGUUAGUGGUCGAAGACAUAAUGCUGAUGACAUUGUUGCUACUGGAUUGGCUGUUGAAUCAAUAAAGACUGUUUAUAGAGGAAGAAUUGCUGUGUUUUCUGUGUCUGUAUUUUAUGAUGAGCGCAUCGUGGUGGUUGCGGAACAAAGACCCGACGCCUCAGAGGAAGACAGUUUCCAGUGGAUGAGCCGUGUGCUGCAGGCAAUCGAUAGCAUUCAUCAAGUGGGGGUUUAUUGUCUCGCUCUGGUGCCUGCCAAUACAUUGCCAAAAACUCCACUGGGAGGGAUCCAUAUAUCUCAGACGAAACAGCUCUUUCUGGAGGGAUCUCUACAUCCUUGCAAUAUCCUCAUGUGCCCACAUACAUGUGUGACCAAUUUGCCAAAACCCCGGCAAAAGCAACCAGGUGUAGGCCCUGCUUCUGUGAUGGUUGGGAAUCUGGUUGCUGGAAAACGCAUAGCACAAGCUGCAGGAAGGGAUCUUGGGCAAAUUGAAGAGAAUGACUUAGUGAGGAAGCACCAAUUUCUGGCCGAGAUUUUACAGUGGCGAGCCCAGGCAACCCCUGACCAUGUACUCUUCAUGCUGUUAAAUGCCAAGGGAACUACAGUGUGCACAGCCAGUUGCCUUCAGCUUCACAAGCGAGCAGAGAGGAUUGCGUCAGUUCUUGGUGAUAAGGGGCAUCUCAAUGCAGGAGACAACGUGGUGUUGCUCUAUCCACCUGGCAUCGAGCUAAUAGCUGCGUUCUAUGGUUGCCUGUAUGCGGGGUGCAUACCUGUGACUGUCCGGCCUCCUCACGCUCAGAACCUUACUGCCACGUUGCCCACUGUCCGCAUGAUUGUUGAUGUCAGCAAAGCAGCCUGCAUUCUCACCACGCAGACCUUAAUGAGGUUAUUGAGGUCCCGAGAGGCAGCAGCAGCUGUGGACGUGAAAACGUGGCCAACCAUCAUUGACACAGAUGACUUACCCAGGAAAAGGUUACCUCAGCUGUAUAAACCACCCACUCCUGAGAUGUUGGCAUAUCUUGAUUUUAGUGUGUCCACAACCGGCAUGCUUACAGGAGUGAAGAUGUCCCACUCUGCAGUCAAUGCUCUUUGUAGAGCCGUCAAGCUCCAGUGUGAGUUGUAUUCUUCUCGGCAGAUCGCCAUCUGCCUUGACCCUUACUGUGGACUUGGCUUUGCACUCUGGUGUCUCUGCAGUGUCUAUUCAGGUCACCAGUCCAUCUUAAUUCCUCCUAUGGAGUUAGAAAACAACCUUUUCCUCUGGCUCUCCACUGUCAACCAGUACAAAAUAAGGGACACUUUCUGCUCCUAUUCAGUAAUGGAGCUCUGCACCAAAGGGCUUGGAAACCAAGUGGAGGUGCUAAAGACCAGAGGAAUCAACCUCUCCUGCAUCCGAACGUGUGUGGUUGUGGCCGAGGAGCGGCCCCGCAUUGCCCUCCAGCAGUCCUUCUCCAAGCUCUUCAAAGACAUUGGUCUGUCCCCUCGGGCUGUCAGCACCACUUUCGGAUCAAGAGUCAAUGUAGCGAUAUGUUUACAGGGAACCUCAGGGCCUGAUCCAACUACUGUAUAUGUAGAUCUGAAAUCAUUGAGACAUGACAGGGUUCGUCUUGUGGAAAGGGGUGCCCCUCAGAGUUUACUCCUCUCAGAGUCUGGAAAGAUUUUACCUGGAGUGAAAGUGGUUAUUGUUAAUCCUGAGACCAAAGGGCCUGUAGGAGACUCUCACCUUGGAGAGAUUUGGGUGAACAGUCCCCACACAGCCAGUGGCUAUUACACCAUCUAUGAUAGUGAGACUCUUCAAGCCGAUCAUUUCAACACUCGCCUCAGUUUUGGGGAUGCUGCGCAGACACUCUGGGCUCGGACAGGAUACCUUGGUUUUGUCCGCCGGACCGAGCUCACAGCAGCCACUGGAGAGCGUCAUGAUGCAUUAUAUGUGGUGGGAGCUCUGGACGAAACGCUGGAGCUGAGAGGAUUACGAUACCACCCGAUCGAUAUUGAGACCUCAGUGUCCCGGAUCCACAGGAGCAUUGCCGAAUGUGCCGUGUUCACGUGGACCAACUUGCUCGUGGUGGUCGUAGAACUGUGUGGCUCUGAACAGGAAGCCCUAGAUCUGGUUCCUUUAGUGACAAAUGUGGUCCUGGAAGAGCAUUACCUCAUCGUUGGCGUCGUGGUUGUGGUGGACCCAGGUGUUAUCCCCAUCAACUCCAGAGGAGAGAAGCAGAGGAUGCACCUCCGGGACAGCUUCCUGGCUGACCAGUUAGACCCCAUCUACGUGGCUUAUAACAUGUAACCCGCCUUGUGGGGCUUGCAGGGGGCCGUCCUGAAAAACCACAAGGACCAAAGACCGGCGACUAGGAGCAAGCUUUCAAAUGAUGUGAAAUAAGCUGAGAUGGUUACAUUAUACCCUUCAUCUCAUCCUGUGGGAUUCCACAGUCACAGGACACACAGGCAAAGGCAGUUGUGUGGUAGCAAAUGAAAAAAAUGUUAACAGCCCAUUAGUCAUGAGCUUUGACAUAGCGUGAGCAGCACGUUACUAAAGCAAUUACAUGCAUGUUGCAUUUUUUUCAUCUGUUGUAAAUACUUGUAUUUUUAUCUAAUGCUGUUUUAGAAUUUUGUAAGGGAGUUUAAUGAAUUCACACGAAGGGGGUAGUCGGAGUUCCACAGCUCCCCGCUCUGUACUGUAUUCUGCUGUUUUACCGUAGCUGGACGUUCUGCGGGUUUUGUUAACACGGAUACUCAGCUUACUUUCCGCUGACCCAUAAGCAAAUCAGAUAUAACCCACUGAAUAUGAGAGUUACUCUAUAUAUAUACUUCUUGACAGGAAAACAUUUUGACCAGUGUUUUAAACAUGUAAAUAAGAAGACACAAUUCAGCUAAAAAACUGACACAUUGGCUUGUAUAGUCCUAACAACUAAAGUAGAAACAUUUCUCCUUGGAGAGCAUCUCAGUGUUCUCUUAAUGCAGUGUAAUUGAAUAGGUAACUAAAAAGUGCAAAUCGAUCACAGGUUUUGCUGCACAUUGUACUAUGUCUCUGUUGGCUGAUGUGUUUUAUAAACUAAAGCUGCCUCUGUUUGUUUUCAAAGCUUGCAUUCCCAGAAUCGGCUUAAGCUUUUAAGAACUCAACCUGUUCCUACAAGCUGAAAAUCUCAGUUUAAAAAUCAAAAUGUUAAUGAAAAGGCUAAGCUUCAUUAGAUCCCACCCUAUGCUAAGGAACCACGAUAACUCACUGUGGCCCCCAGUGUUGAAACUGUGUUUCAAAUUUCGAGUGACGAUGUAAGAAUUUAGGAUUUCCUCUUUUUCCAGGCCCAUUGUCAACUGCGUCUACAGUUUAUACAUAUAGCUUCUCUUUUCUGAAAACUGAAAAGCGUCCUCUGUUCUUCCAGUUCAUGAGGGCAGGGAUUUUAGGAACAAGAAUGACAGGCUGGGAAGGCACUGGGAUCGACAGUCACGUGAAACCGCAAAGGCGACAUAACUCCGUAUCUCAAAACUGACUGAUUCGGGUUGCCAAGAUAGCUAGGCUUACGCUGAAAUAGGGGAAGUCUGAUGUGUGCAAGAAACUCUUUUGAAAUAACUGUGGUGCCCAGGCCAAGUGGACUGAGCAUGGGACUGAAUUUGGCCUCUGGCUCGGUUUCCUUUCUUUGGUCUGAUACUUCAUGUAUUUGAAUAUAGUUGAAUUUUAUUAUUUUUUUCUUACAGAAAUAUUUUUAAGAAUUUAAAAAAAAAAAGCUCCAAGUGAACAGAGUUAACUUGUUAAAUCAGAAUGGUUCUCUUUGACCCACUCUGGUCUAUUGUGUAAAUAUUUAUUUAGACUAUUUUAAUAAUACAUAUUAUUUACCCCACUGUAACAUCAUGUAAACUAAAUAUGUUUUUAAACAAUUUUUAAGACUUGUAAUUACCCUGAAAAUAAGGUUUAUAAUGCAAAGCCCAGACCCUUCACCAUGGUGGCACUCCCAGGGGCUGCCCUCAGUCUCGUGGCUCAAAGCCACUUUCUUGCCUCCCUUUUACACAAGCCUCUUUUCCUCCCAGUUCUUUCUCCACUGAGGGCAGACCCCAAGGCAUGUUCCAGUUCCAGAUCUCUUUUUUGACAUUUUGGAUGAAAUUAGUUUACACAUGACGGAAGAGGUUCUAAGAUGUACAAAAAAAAGCACUUACGCUGGGACAAGAAAGCCCAGUAGACUAGCUACGGUUCGGUUUGCGGAAAAAAACAGCUCGCUUAUUUGGAAAGUAAUUUUCACCUAAAGUAGUUUUCAGUAACUCACUAAACAAAGCAGGGGAUUUCUGAAGAUUAAAGAGUUCUAUCUCCAUAAUCCACAAGUUCUAAGAGAAAAAUAGGCAGAGUAUUAUCCUUUGGGUUGCUGUGAAAAUUGUCACUAUACAACUGUGGGUGUCUGCUAGAAUUAUAAUGGGAGCCACAUCUGUCAUUUUAAAUGUUCUAGUAAUCACGUUUUAAAAAGUAAAAGAAACCAGCGAAAUUGAUUUUAAUAUAUUUUUGUAACCCGGUAUAUCAAAAAUAGUAUAAUCUCCAUGUGGAAUCAGGAUGAAAAGUGAGAUAUUUUAUUUUCUUUGUUUCCUAUUAAGUCUUUGAAAUCCAGUGUGUAUUAAGCACAUUUCAAUUCGGACUACCCAUACUUCCAGUUUUCGGUAGCCACAUGCGGCCAGUGGCUACGAUAUUGGACAGAAGUGCUCUGUACUCAUUCUUUCAAAUAAGAUACUCCAUUCCUCUCAGAGUAUGGUCAACUCCCAGUUACUUAGGAUCUGAUUAUCUGGAUUUGUAGUUCCUCAGACCUCUGCUUUAUCUCUAGUUUUUGCUCUCUGCCUCGUGGCUGCUUUAUUGAUCUUUUGCCUAUCCCUCAAAGCCAGAAUAUGCUAGUGGAAGAAAGAAAGCUGAGCUGUGUCUUUGGGAACUUCAUUAGUAACUGUGGUGAAGUGUCCUCUGGAAGGGGAAGAGAGUCCAGUCAUUAGCCUAGAGGUGUUUGUGGGGUCAUCUGCAGAUUUAAUGCCUGGUCUGUUACAGACUUGAAUAAGAAAACUCCCUCUUGAAGACGCAAUGCUUGUGCUCUUUCCACGUCAAGUAGAACCUUUGGGGUAGAAGGUCUUAGGACAGACCCAAAAGGCCAUUAUUGAUAGAAACAGCCUAGCCAAAACUCUGGAACACAUUCUGUCUGGGUGUUUACGCCUGUGAAAAAGAAAACUAGAUUAAUAGCAAGGCCCCAUUCCAGUUAAGAGAAAUCCAUUCAUCUUAAAGCCUUUGAACCUCUUUCUGCCUCUCAGCAGAAGUAAUUGAGGUAGAUCAGGAAGGGGCUGCCUCAGGAAAAUUCCUAAGCCCAAGGGAUUCUUAGAGCUGCACAAAUGUCAUCUCCUGCAUCAGUGAGACCCUGGGAAUGACCGGCAUGCCAGCGGGCAUCAGUGUGAAUCCACAGCCUUUAUUUACUUCCUGCCUCACAAAGGGCCCCGGUCCAGACCGCCACAACCACCAAGUCCUUUCCUCCUGAAGUUGUGCUGCCUCGGGCUGUUUAGGGACCAUUGCCUGUCUGUUGGUAAUCCGAGUGUUUCUCCUGUCUUUAGUCCCUGAGCAGUGCUUGCUUAAUGCUUUUGUUGAAUCAACAAAGGGCCUGAGGCCUUAGGUUUUUUGUUAAGGUCUCUGCCCCAGGCAUGGUGCUCAAUAUCUUGGCCAAAUAAAUUACUUUCCUUGAAUACGCAGCAAUCUUUUAGACUAAAGCAAUGAGGAGUUAUCACCUCACCCUCAAACUCCAACAUGACCUAUGCCUUAGUGUUGUUGUUUUCGUUGUCUGCUCUGAUGUAAAAGCAAGAGUAUUUGGAGCAAGAAGCUGCACUACUCCAGAUACACAACAGGCCUUUUCUUUAUCAUUCAUAAUAACAUUUCCGGUUUAGGUAUAUGUAGAUGGGCCAUGUUAUUUGUCCACAGGAAGAGAGUGUAAAGAUAUGAGAAUAAUUUUUUAGUCCUAAAUGAUGUUUUGUUUACUUUCUGUCAAGGUAUUUACCAGUGUCAAAUUCAAACUAUAGUACUGUGUAAUUAUGUAUAAAGUUUUUUUAUUUAUUUGAAAUUAGACUAGAUAUACAUUUUUAAAUUUAACAUCUGGCUGGACAGUGUUCUAUUAACUCAUUGAAUGUGUUUCCUUUGUCUUGUGUUAAUAAAUAUUGAUGCCUGA